AUGUUUGGUACUCGAGGGAGGAAGAAUUCAGUAUCCGAUCGUCUUGUUCCCUGUGGCCCUGAUGAGAUUCGGAUGGAAGAUGGGACCGUGAGGAUCAUGACCGAGACAGAGUUGCUCGAUAGGCAGAUUGAUGAUGCUACGGAAGAGUCUCUCGAUGCCACACGGCGUAUGAUGGCGAUGUGUGAGGAGGCGAAAGAGGCUGGUAUUUCUACAUUGGUUAUGUUGGAUGACCAGGGCGAGCAACUGGAUCGUAUUAAUGAGGGCAUGGAUCAGAUUAACGAGGAUAUGAAGGACGCGGAGAAGAAUCUGGACGACCUAAAUAAAUGCUGUGGUCUUUGUGUGCUGCCAUGGAACAAGCGGAAAGGUAAGAGUGACUUCGCGAAGCAGCUGAAGGACGAGGAUGGGUUUGGUGGUGGGGACGGGCCGAGAAUAAUCGUAGAUCAGAACGGGAUGGGCCCGACUGGAGGAUACAUCACCAGGAUAACGAACGAUGCACGCGAGGACGAGAUGGAUCAGAACAUGCAGGAGGUGGCGGGGAUGAUUGGAAACCUGCGCAAUAUGGCCAUUGACAUGGGCAGUGAAAUCACCCAGCAAAAUACGCAGGUCGAGCGCAUUCAUUUGAAGGUGCGUCUUAUUAUCCCUCUUCCACGGGAUCUACAGUAUCUCCUUUUUUCGUAUUAG